AUGUCGAAGCGCUCGGCGGACGAUGGGGCCACUGGUGCGGGGAGCGUUGUCGGGGCGGCGAACAGCGCUGGCGGGCUGCAGCCCCCGAUCAAGAAAGUGCACUUCGAGCCGCACCUGAUCGGGCCGAUUUCGACGCUCGAGGAGAUGGACAUCAAGGUGUUGCAGUUCCAGAACAAGAAGCUCGCCCAGCGCAUCGAGCAGCGGAUACGGUGCGAGUCGGAGCUGCGGUCCCGCAUCGAGCAGCUCGAGAAGCGCCAAACGCAGGACGACGCCGUCCUGAACGUGGUCAACCGCUACUGGAACCAGCUGAACGAGGACAUCCGGGUGCUGCUGCAGCGCUUCGAUGCCGAGACGGCGGAUGAAUCGGAGAACAAAAAUGAGAACGAGGUCACGACGUCGUUUCUGAUGCAGCUCGCCACCUGGGACAAGGAGGAGCUGGACGACAAGCUGGCGAACCGGGUGCAGGUGUCGAAGCGGGCCGUCGCGAAGAUCGUGCAGGUUUUCGACCGCCUCAUGCAGCGCAACGAGAAGCUGAUGCUCGCGAUGAAGGGCGAAUCGGACGAGGCGCUCGGGAAGGCAGGUGGCGGCGGAGGGUUACCGCCCGAUCUGGACGAAACCCUGCGCCAAACGUACAUCGACGUGAUGGCGGAGAACCGCAAUCUGCAGACACAGAACACGCUGCUGCACGAAAAGUUUCACACGAUCUCGCUCAAGCUGAGCGAGUACCAGGACAUGCUGAACGGCAAGGAGACGGAGGGGGCCGAGCUGCGCAACCAAAUCGACGAUCUGCAGUACGAGCUGGAGAAGGUGCGGUGUCGGAAUGACAAGCUGGAGAACCACCUGGCGGAGGCGAUCGAGAAGCUGAAGGCGUACCACCAGUUGCACGGCGGUGAUCCGCUCAGCUCCGGAACAGGUGGCCCCGGUGGUGGCGGUUCGUCCGAGCGGCACUUGUCGAGCAACAGUGGCAGCGGCGGUGGCGGCGGCGGCGGCGGCCGGGGAACGGGCUCGAUGACGAGCGUGGCCGCGCAGCACCUGGAGGAUCUGCAGAAGGAACUGGAGGAGUACAAAGAGCUGUCGAACAAUCGGUUGCAGGAGCUCGACAAGCUGCACCUGCAGCACCGGGAAGCGCUGAAGGAGGUCGAGAAGCUAAAGAUGGACAUCCGGCAGCUGCCGGAGUCGGUGAUCGUCGAGACGACCGAGUACAAGUGCCUCCAAUCGCAGUUCUCCGUGCUGUACAACGAAUCGAUGCAGAUCAAGACGCUGCUGGACGAGAGCCGCAACCAGCUGCAGUCGAGCAAGAACCAGCACCUGCGCCAGAUCGAGAUGAUGGAGAGCGAAGAGCUGAUCGCGCAGAAACGCGUGCGGAGCGACAUGAUACAGAUGGAGGACGUGCUGUCGCAGAUACGCAAGGAGUACGAGAUGCUGCGCAUCGAGUUCGAGCAAAACAUGGCCGCGAACGAGCAGACGGCGCCGAUCAAUCACGAGAUGCGCCACCUGAUACUGUCCCUGCAGAACCACAACGGCCAGCUGAAGGGUGAGGUGCAGCGGUACAAGAAGAAGUACAAGGACGUGUCGGCCGACAACACGAAGCUGCGCAAAGACCUGGAGGACGUGUCGACGAAGCUGACCGUCGCGCAGGAAGUGGCCCUACAGCAGGCGGAAACGAUCAAGCAGGAAGCGAACAACUGCCUCGCGUCGAUGGGAGGUGGUGCCACCAACGACAGCGGUGGCCGAGGGUGUACCGGUGGCCACAUAAAGGAAGAAGGCGGUGGCGGAGCGGGGCUCAAGGACAGUGGCGGAGGUGGCGGCGGCGGCGGCACCGGUAUGCUACACGAUCGCGACGGAAAUCCGUGUUCCAUCAAGGAGGAAGACCCGAACGGAAUGCUAAACUCGUGCGGUACGAUGGGCGGCCAUCUCGGCGGCGGCGGUGGUCUGUUGCGGUCGGAUUCGGGCGAAGAAGGUGGCUCCGAAGGUGGGCUCGAUGGGGCUAAUGGAAGCAUCAAGCGGGAAGAGAUCAUCGGCCCGGACGGAACGGUGAUGGUGGUGAAGAAGGAAUGUCCAGGAACGCCCGGGGGCCACAAGAUGGGUUCCGGUGGCGAUAAAGCAAACGGGCCCAAGUGCAUCGAGUCGGAUCUGGUGCGCGAUCUGCGGAAUCAGCUGAAGAAAGCUUUAAACGAUCAGAAAGAGAUGAAGCUGCUGCUGGACAUGUACAAGGGCGUACCGAAGGAGCAGCGGGACAAGGUUCAGCUGAUGGCGUCCGAGAAGAAGAAGUGUGCCGAAAUCGAGGACCUCAAGGUGCAGAUGAAGAAGCUGCAGGAGAGCAAACGCGAGGAUCGGAAAAAGCUGGCCGACGAGGAAGCGCUGCGGAAGAUCAAGCAGCUCGAGGAGCAGAAGUACGAGCUGCAGAAACAGGUCCAAAACCAGAAGCAACCACCGGACAGCAGCUGGAGCAGUGGCUAUCGACCAUUUGAGGAAGAAGCACUCCUGAACGAGAUGGAGGUCACGGGGCAGGCGUUCGAGGACAUGCAGGAGCAAAACUCAAGACUGAUACAGCAGCUGCGCGAGAAGGACGAUGCCAACUUUAAGCUCAUGUCCGACCGGAUCAAGGCGAACCAAAUGCACAAGCUGUUGCGGGAAGAGAAGCAAAUGCUGGAAGAUCAGGUAACGACCCGUGACAGUCAGAUCGAGGCGAUGCACGUGGUGCUGCGGAAGCUCGAGGAGAAGGAACGUAUACUCCAGAACACGGUGACGACGAUCGAGAAGGAGCUCGUGGCGCGCCAGCAAGCGAUGGAGAUGCACAAACGGAAAGCGAUCGAAUCGGCCCAAUCGGCGGCCGACCUGAAGCUGCACCUCGAGAAGUACCACGCCCAGAUGAAGGAAGCCCAGCAGGUGGUGGCCGAAAAGACGAGCUCGCUCGAGGCGGAAGCAUACAAGACGAAGCGCCUGCAGGAGGAGCUGGCCCAGCACAAGCGCAAGGCGGAGCGGAUGAAGAAGAUCGAAAUGUCCGGCACCACGAUCGACGAGGUGAUGCUGGAGGAGAUCCGUGAGUACAAGGAAACGCUGACCUGCCCCUCGUGCAAGGUGAAGCGCAAGGACGCGGUCCUGUCCAAGUGUUUCCACGUCUUCUGCUACGACUGCUUACGGACGCGCUACGAAACGCGCCAGCGCAAGUGUCCGAAGUGUAACUGCGCGUUCGGUGCCAACGACUACCACCGGUUAUACCUCUCGACGUAAGGCUGUAGAGUGGAGUGCUCGUGCGGGGCGACCGGUGUUUGUCAGUGUCUGUGUGCGCGUGCGAUCGUAAGUCGAGGACCCAGCGGCAUCCCAAUUCCCUUCUUCCCGGCUUUUGGAUCCCUUCUUUCGCACUUCCUCCACCGUGCCCACUUAACUGUGGCCAAAAAAGUGUACAUGACCCAGGAUGGUUUCGUCCGUUUCUGAUCCACAAUAUACCUGACGGUUUUAUUGGAAACCCUCUCCCAUACACGGCUAAAUGCUUCAGAAUUCUAAGAAUUCUCAUGUUUUUUAGGACAAUGGAAUAGUGUAAAUUGUAAAGCCUUUUAGUGCCCUUCUCAGGCAUUCACCCCAAUCGAGGUGAACUUCGACGUAAGCUAGUCCGUAUCAUCCGAUCUCGCUGUCCGAGAUCGAGAUCGAGAUCAUGAAGUCUUGCUUGGCUCUAUUUGCGGCCAACCAUUUGCUCCGAUCGCUUUCCUCGCUGUAGCCUCCUCUCGUAUCGUUUCAAAUACCAUUCCGUCUGCACACGACCGUAUUGCCGUCCGCUAGUCGCGAGUUUCGUGCUCUUUGCUCUACUCCCUUUACAGCCUUACAGACAGAGUAUUGUGCUCGCCAACCAUAAUGUCAAUCUUAAAUCAGCCUCCGCACCGUUUGAUGAAAGCGAACGCGGAAGCGGCGCCCCGUGGCGCGAAGCAGUGUGGAGCGGAACUGCGCCCGAAUGGCCCGGCCAGCAGCCGGGCGGUGGUAUCGUAGAAUGUUAGAUUUGCAGAUGAAUAAACCGCAAGCCGCUAAGCCGCGACGCGAGGAGUUAGUGAGCCAACCUACCAAAACAGACAGACAUACCCGGGGAAACCAUUGUUUUAGAAGAGCAGACACAAAAUUCCAAAACAUAUUCCAGCACCACUCUGCAGCCGACUGACGGAUAGAAAGUAAUACUAUGCUCUUAACUAGCGAUUAGCUCCGAUGGGGAAGGGAGGGAGAAGCGAAUAGUUUGGUGCAUAAUUCCACUGCAGCGCAACCCCCAAUCCGUGGCGUAGCUGGCCACCACCUCGGAACAGGAACGGAGCGUGGGACUCGCACAGCAAUUAAGUUAUUCGUUUCUCGGUGGCUGGUUGCCCGGCAACGGCGCGAACUGUUUGGAAGGAAUCCCUCGAGAGACGUAGCCUGCUUAGCGGACGAACAGAAGACCGAUACUCGAAUUUCCAGAAGAAGAAGCUAAACUGCUACCGAAGCACACACCUAACAUGCCAAUAUCAACCAACCAAGCAAGCGGGAUUAUUCAUAGAACCAAAAAGGAAGCAAACAUCCCUGCCACGAUAACGAAACACAGGCUGGAGGGCGACAAAAAAAGCGGAAACUAUUUGUAAAAUCAAAGGGAGACACUCAAAAC